ACCUUCACAACUGGUCAGACUGGUUUGGUAACAUAUUGUCAAAAAAUAAGAAGCCAGCACAGAGAAUAAAACUGUGCAGCAGUUCCUCAUCUUGGUCUUCUGGUUUCUUCCUUUAGUUGUGCUGCUGCUCUGCGACGGCUGAUGACUCUCUGCUACUAACUGGACAUUCUGCCAAUAAUUAAAGAUGAAAGCUGCUCUUGUGAUCGCUGUCCUUGUCCUGCUGGUCGCUGUCCUUGUUGUUCUUCUCUAUCCUGGUACGGAGGAGAACAACAACUCUGUUCACAAUCAUAUUCCUCUGGAGGAAUUUGACACGGCCUCAAUUCCUGAAGGGGAAGAAAACAGGAACAUUGGAGAGACCAUAGCCUACAAUCCUAAACCUUGUAUGAAGAAUCGUAACAACAACGCCUACAACAAGUUUGCUUCCAAACACGUUCUGAAGACGGUGUUUAACACUUCCUCACAUUCUGAAUGGAAAAAGUACCUGGAAAAGUACAAACUCUGUGACAGACCUCAGCAGUCCUUCGUUGAUAACGGAGCUGAAAAUCUUUAUGUGGAAAUCUGCAAUGGCUUUGGGAAACGUCUAAGGAUGAACUUGUGCACCAGUACCAGCCCAGUUUGGCUGCAUGAUCUCAAUGUCAACAGAAAAGGUUGCAGAGUUACUAAUCUUUCUAGCCAAUAUAGAUAUGUGACUGUCGCUUGUGACAAAGUCGACAACCAAUGCCUUCCUGUUCACUUUCAAGACAGUCAAAACAACAAGCCAGAUGAUAAAGCUGAAACCUGCAGGCCAUAAACUAAUCUCUGGUUUGAGAUCUGAAAACCUUUUCCAAGGUUAGGAAAAAUGUUGUUUUGCUUUGCUGUGCAUCUCCAUAUCAAGCUUUGGUUCAACUUGUUGCUGGUUUUAGUUGAACUUAUUCUGUAGACUCAUCAGAGACAAAGUGUGAUCAGCGAAAGACGAUGUACGAUUUACAGUUUUUACUUUAAAUCAGCGUUGAGAAACUUUGUUAAUGAACAACAAAGAGUGAUUUUGUGCUGAGUACUAAAAGCAAUAAACCUUCCCUUUGUGUUUUUGAGUCCUAAUUUUGAAUUCAGAACUUGUUUUUUCCUGACCUAAUUAAAGUCUAAAUGAAAUUAAAGAUAUUUACAUGGGACAAUAGAAAUGCCACUAGACUUAUCUACAUCCAGCGCUCUCUAAAUGACAGAUGGGCAAUAUUUUAUGUACUUUUGCAUCUCUGAUAAAUAUAUAUUAAGUACAUCUUACAAUCAUGACAGUGAAAAGCUUCACAGAGAAAAAACUAAACAUUUUCUAAGUGUUUUUUUGUGUCUAACUGAUCGUUUUGCUAAAGAUGUUUCCAAAGCUGUGCAGCACGAUGCUUUGUUCUUUGCUUUGCUCCAAUAAAGAUCUAAUAAAGCUCAUAAUCCAUCAUUCAUU